AUGGCGGCAAAGACAGAUUUGGACCAUAACCAUCCACUGUUCCUUCAUCCUUCAGACACGAGGAGAGCUCCGAUAAUAUCGAUCCAAUUGACUGGUUCUGACAAUUACAUCACCUGGAGUCGAGCGAUGGAAAUCCAGCUGCUUGGGAAGAACAAGCUAGGGAUAGAUCAUGAGCUCACUUUGAAGGAAUUGAUAACAGGGAUUGUGUAUGAAAAUAAUGCUAGAGCUAUUUGGGAUGAUUUGAGGGAACGAUUUGAUAAGGAUGAGUUUGACAACAUGGUGCCACCUCCAUGUGAUUUUGCCAAGUCUAAAAAUUUCAUUGAAUUCAUGCAAAAAGAGAAGGUCUUACAGUUUUGA